AGAAAAAUAAAAUAUUAAAAUUAAAUAUUUUUAUAAUGGCUGGAACAUCACAAUGCUCAGUUGGAUUGAUUUUAAAAUCAAAUUGUCACAAGUUAACAUUUACAAACCACAUUGGAAUAAACUUUUUUCAAGAUUUAGCUCCAGAUGAGCAAAAUUUAGUUGUGCUAAGGUCUGGUGUUUCUUCUGUUUUGAUUAUUGACUUAUGUUUUCAUCAUCAAAAGUUCUAUAUUGAGAAGUUCCCUGUGUUUCAGAAUAAAUGCUGUGAUCCACUGUUAGUUCACAAAAGACCGUGCAAAGCAUCUCUCAGAGAAGUCAGUUUAAGAACCAUAGCUUUAAACAACAGGAUCAAUAUUGUACCUGGUCAAAAAAUUUGUACAAAUUGCUUACUCAAAUUAAAAGCUUCCACUGAAAUUAAUACUGAUAACAUUAAUAUUGCUGAUGAUUACACAAAUGAAAGUAUAAAUAAAGAAAACAUAUUUAGUGUUCAACAAGAAGCUGAUGUAAAUAAAAACAGACAAGAACUUUCUGAUUGUCUCAGUAUAAUUGGUGUGUCACCAGUCAAGCUUCACGGAAAGCCAUUUGCAAAUCGUAUGAGUAUUGGGGAAAAAAAAAAUUAAAACUAUUGUAAAAGUUUUCAAAGAAAAGUUAUCAAAUUCUUUAAAAAUUCCAUUGACAGAAGUUGAAGUUUUUGAUAAUGAAUAUGUUCUUGAUUUAAAAAAAAAAGUUGUUCAGUUCGAAAAAAUGUUAGUUUUGAUCAAAGAUAAACUUGAAAAAUGCAGUUCAUUUAGGGACAAAAUUCAAGUAUUGACUUUGUGCCCACAAGAAUAGUCAAUUGAAGCAGCUAGUGAGUAUUUUAGUGUUUCAAAUUAUCUAAUAAUAAAAUCCAGAUCUUUAACAAAGAAGGAAGGAGUUCUUGCAGUUCCACAAACUAAGCGAGGUAAAAUGCUCCCUGAUCAAAUAAAUACUUUAGUGAAAAUUUUUUAUGAAAAUGAUGAAAACUCUCGCCAGAUGCCUGAUCAAAAGGAUUUUGUAAGUGUUAGUUGGAAAGUCCAUAUGCAAAAGCGAUUACUUUUGUCAAGCUUAAAAGAGUUAUUUGUCUCAUUUAAAAUUCUAUAUCCACAUGUAAAGUUAGGUUUUUCCAAGUUUUGUGUUUUAAGGCCUAAAUGGUGUGUUUUGCCAAACUCAUUAGGAACCCAUUCUGUGUGCGUUUGUAUCUACCAUCAAAACAUGAAGUUAAUUCUCCUACCCAUUAAAAUUGAUUACCACGAACUAUAUAAAUUUAUUGUUUGUGAUAUGCAAAACAAAGAAUGCAUGUUACAUCGAUGUACACAAUGUCCGAAAAAUACAUCUAAAUUAGAAGAAAAACUAUUCAAACUAAUAAGGCAGUUUGAGGAAGAAGAUACUAUCGAAUUUAACCAAUGGGUUACUACUGAUAGAUCAGAUUUAGUUAUACAGCUUGUAACCAUACCAGAUUAUGUAAAUAUGGUGAUGGAAAAACUAUUCAAGCUAACAACGCAUUCAUAUAUUUCUAAAUGCCAAUCUAAAUAUUUAAAAAAUCUUAAAGAAGAACUGCCAUCAGGUAGCGCAAUAGUUCUAGGAGAUUUUACAGAAAACUAUAGUUAUGUUGUGCAGGAUGAAGUACAAGGUUUCCAUUGGAAUAAUUUUCAAUGCACACUUCAUCCAGUGGUUGUGUACUAUAAAGAAAAUCAAGUGUUGCAUUCCACUUCAUGUUGCAUUAUAUCAGAUGAUAACACUCAUGAUGUACCAAUGGUUUACUAGGUACAAAAAUCAUUUAUCAAUAAUCUGAAGCAAAAAAUACCCAGCAUUGUAAACGUGGUCUACUUUUCUGAUGGCUGUUCAUCUCAAUAUAAAAACUGCAAAAAUAUAUUAAACCUAUGUCAGCAUAAAUCAGACUUUGGAAUAGAUGCAAAAUGGGUUUUCUUUGCAACCAGCCAUGGAAAGCAAUCUUGUGAUGGUAUAGGAGGAACAGUUAA